UGUGAUGCAUGAUAUGGAAUCUAGCUGUCGGCUGAUGAUGUUUUGCAGCGUAGUGUGCGGUUACCCAAGUGUGCGGUCGAUAUUGUAACUCCGAAAUUUGAUGGAAUUAUAAGCAACGUUGUCUGCCCUCGAAACGGUGACCGUAUUCUGUGGAUUUCCCCACCAUUUUCUGCGGAAGGACCUGUCUUCCAGCGACCAAAAAUGGGGAACACACCAACUUCAAAACCGGGGCCGAAUCAGGACAUAAGUGUGAAAAACUUCCUAGCGCAAGCAAAAGAGGAAUGUCAGAAGAAAUGGGACACCCCUACACAAAACACAGCAUGUCUAGACGACUUUGAGCGAUUAAAAACCUUAGGAACUGGCUCCUUUGGCAGAGUCAUGCUGGUCAAGCACAAAGCCACCGGUAAUUUUUUUGCAAUGAAGAUCCUCGACAAACAAAAGGUUGUGAAGUUGAAGCAAGUAGAACACACGCUGAACGAGAAGAAGAUCUUACAAUCCAUCAGCUUCCCCUUCCUUGUUAGCUUAGAGUUUCACUUCAAGGACAACUCCAACUUGUACAUGGUGCUGGAGUUUAUACCCGGAGGAGAGAUGUUCUCACACUUACGGCGAAUCGGGCGGUUCAGUGAACCCCAUGCAAGAUUCUAUGCAGCGCAAAUAGUCCUUGCGUUUGAGUACCUACACUACCUGGACGUCAUCUACAGGGAUCUCAAACCAGAGAACAUACUCAUCGACAAAACGGGCUACAUCUCGGUAACAGAUUUUGGUUUUGCCAAGAGGGUGAAGGGCCGUACGUGGACGUUGUGCGGGACGCCGGAAUAUCUCGCCCCAGAAAUCAUCCUCAGCAAGGGAUAUAACAAGGCUGUUGAUUGGUGGGCCAUGGGUGUCUUAAUCUACGAGAUGGCGGCCGGUUAUCCGCCAUUCUUUGCCGACCAGCCUAUUCAGAUCUACGAGAAAAUCGUCUCAGGGAAAGUCCGGUUCCCAUCGCACUUCAGCGCUGACCUGAAGGAACUGCUGCGCAACCUACUCCAAGUGGACCUCACCAAACGCUAUGGUAACCUCAAGAACGGCAUCGCGGACAUCAAAGGAGCGAGGUGGUUUGGAAGCACGGACUGGAUCGCAAUUUAUCAGAAGAAGGUCGAAGCGCCCUUCGUACCCAAAGUCAAAAGCGCCAGCGAUCCCAGCAACUUUGACGACUACGAAGAAGAGGUCCUUCGCAUCUCCUCCUCAGAAAAAUGUGCCAAGGAAUUUGCCGAUUUCUAACCAGGACUCCUUCCCCUAUAGAACCCCUCCUUGUUCCUCCCCAAAAGAGACCCCUCGCCCCUACACCUCCCAGUCAAAAAUCCAACCACACCGCACUCAAUUGAUACAACACAUAUGCUGGCUUUUGUUCCCAAGUCAAUUUGCGGAGAUAAAACGAAGUCCAGUCCAGAACUGAUCAAGUAUCAAGUGCGAGAUCAAGAACCAAACGCUUGACGAGUCUACAUGUAUACGUACCAGAAUAAUCGGCCACAGUCCGUUUUACAAGGACACACAUGAAGCUAUUCUCGAAGACAAGUCCGACUCGAAAACAGCUACCCCAAUCCACCGUCUCGAAAUCAACUGGUUGAAUUCUUUCCAUCUGGCAAAAAUAGCAGAGGCGAUGAUGGAUUUGUUCCCGUCUUGUAGAGGACAAGCACAGGAGAAGGUGGUUUUUAAGGCCGUUUUUCAGGUAUGUGUUAGAAGUAGUCCACACAUUUUUUUGGAAAUUGGGAAACCAAAUUUUAUUUGGGUUGAUUUUGAGUCGCUCCAAGUACAUGCAUGACUUGGCAGGCCAUUUUGAAAACGGGUGUGUCUCGCCGAUAACAUUUAUAAUUUCCUUGAUGGGGGGAAGGGUGUUCAAGCAUUGGAUGACAUUAGUAUGUAAAUAGUCUUGAAUAUUAACUUGUGUUCUCAGCAAAACAAAGCAUUUCAAGUCAGUUUUCCAAUCCACGUAUUACAGAAUUUUGUUUCGAUUUGAAAGGCUCUGACAAUUUUUGUGGGGGUUUUCCGCCCACUUUUUAUCCGCAAAAAAUUUGGAAAUUUAGAGUAUACUGCCUUCCUCUUACGAGAUAAAAAAAAAGAAAGAAAACAAAUAUAUAUAAGAGAGAGAAUUGUAUAUAGGUCUGCCUGCCAUGUUUCAUGAUGUUUGUCGAGUUUAAUGCGAGUAAAAGAUUAUGUUCUCAUUAGCUGUUUACUACUGUUGGUUAUUUGUUGUUCAAACAGUUGACAAAAAAAUAUUGUAAUUAUAUAUUCUCACUUUUAAAAAAUGAGAAAUCGCGUUGUUGGGAUCGGGUGAAUUAUACAUGGACGUUACACAGUAGUGUGUGUAUAUUGAUUUAAAUUUUUUUUUUUAGUGUGAUUUUUUACAUGUAUGAUGUUUUAUUAUGGUGCAAUAUGAUCACAUUGUGCCGUAAGCAGUAUGUGUCUGUUCGUAAAAGUAUCUCCAGCGAAUGUUGAGAUGAGGAAUGCUUCACUUUUUUUCCGUUCUUGCUUCUGGACAGAUUUUCACGUCCUUUCUUUAGAUGGGGAUCGGCAAUUGCCCUCGCAUGAAAACAAAACAAUUCAAAACCAAAUUUGAAUUUUUUCAUUGUGCGGUCGAAACCCAUUUAUAGAACUCUUGAGAUCCUUUUCAUAACUGGCCACAAGAGGGCGUACUUUCCUUAAUUAGUAGCGGGACCAUUCUUUAGAAAACCUCUUUAAGAACAUUCAAAUGUACCUCAUGUACAUUACUCAGACUUUAUUUAAUGACGAAACUUUUUUUUGUAAUAAUAAAUAUUUGAAAUAUUUGUUGAAUUUGGCUAAACAAAAAAAUAGACAAUCGUAUUGUUCUUUGUUCUAGUGCAGAUUGAUAGAGAUUAUUGUGUGGUAAACUAGGACCAUUCGAAUCUGCAUGUAGUCCCUAAAUUUGGGCAAAUCUUGAACACGCAUGCCUGUACUCAUCCAAUGAAAAAUCCCGAUAAGACAGUUAAAAUAAAACCAGAAAAUGCAAAACAGCCAAUGUUUUGAACAUUUUUACUAAAUUUAUUUAGCCACAAACCCACCAAAAAUUGACACCUCUUCAUAACAUGGUGCCAGGCCUAGUCCUAAAAUACAUUGGUUUGUAAAAAAAAAUUGGGUUGUAAAAUUAAUUUUUGUUUGUUUGUAUGUAAACAGAAAUUUGUUUGUAUAGAUGCUGUUCAUUUUGAAGGGCCAUGUGAAUAUAAAAACCUGUUUCUCUCUCUCUACCUUGCAGUAUAUUCGCUGGCAACCGUUUAUUUCUGGGAAGAAAAGUUAGAGAAAAACAAUCAUCAAUCUGUUUUUCUUUAUUGUACCAUAAUUCAGAAAGUUAAGUUGUUGAAUAUUUUUCCGUUCACCAGUUUCAUGGAAACAGAUUUUUUUUCCCCCUGAAAUUUUGGAUGUGACUAACGAUUUAAAAGAUCAGUAUCUAGAUCUUUGUUUGCAAACAAAUUUUUCAUUUUUAAGCCCCAUGACAUUUCUCAGCAUUUUUGAGGAGUUGUAAUUUCUCUGUCCAAAGUAUGGAAAGAGUGAAUUAUUUUAAAUUUCUUGGGGGGGGGGGGCAUAGCAAAGUCAUGAAAAAUCAACCUAUUUUGAAAAUACAAAGCACAAAAUGUUUAUUGUAAGUAUUCAUAGUUCAAAAAUUGUACCCCACCACUUACUUUUAGCCUUCUUGACCCUAUUGCUCAACCCUUCAAAAUCCAACUGAAUGUUUUGUUGGAAUUUGUGGGAGCGAGUACUGCACUAGUAAACUGAUUAUGCUUUACAUGGGGUCAGGCAUACCACCAUAAUCAAGAGUCCAACAGUUUGGGUGUUGAGUUUACCAUGGUGUUGGAUUUUGCAAGAGUGAGGAAGGCUCCUAGUAAAUUACUCAAGGGGUUAGGUUAAUUUUUGUAAAAUGGUGAUGGUCCAUCUGGAAAUAAUCGGAUGAAAGAAGGAAGUAAGUGUAGCAAAACCUUUCACAGAAUUGUUGAUAUUAUAUUGUGGGACUGUGAAGAUGCUGCAAGUAUUAUGACGCAUUUUGUUUCUCUCAAAAACCGUGUCUUUCUGCCCAUGUUGUAUGGGUCAUUCGGUAAAUCUGGGGCCCACUUUUUCCCUGUCCCUGUUACAUCUGACAUCUAUGAUUGUAUAAUUCUGAUGCACUCCCUAAUGCAGUCGUCCUCCAAGAGUGAUUAUGAAUAGCAAACUACCUACCCAACAAAAACAAAAUGGUAUGAAAUCAUUCUUAAUGAUACUUGAAUGACAAAUUACAAACUACCAAGGUAACAGGGACAGGAAAAUUGUCACACCUUGGAUCCCAAAUUUAUAGACUGAACACAGACAUCUUAAACACGAAAGUUAUAUCUCACCAAGGCUUCAUUAAGGGUUCCCUUAGCGAUCGUUGAUUUUUAGAAUUUUGUUCCCACUUUAUCCCAGUGAAAUUCAACAUUAUUUAAGUGGUCUUCUGUUAAACGCUUCAUUUUAGAAGUGGGGGUAAUAUUUUGUAUUCCCAUGUCCCAACCCUAACACCCGUGUCAUUUACUUCCUGUGAGUUUGUAAAUUUACUGAAUUUUUCCCAAGGGAUUUUAAAGCUAAACCAGGCCCUCAAAACUUAAUUAUGCAUUAAUUAUUUUUUAGCCCCCUCUUUCAUUUUUGUUUGGGUCUAGAACUGUGAAACCCAUUGGCUAAUGUGAAUGCAUAAUUCCAUGUUCUGAAUGUGACAGGUGGUCAGAUACUCAAAUGAAUACGAUGAAUAAUUUUUGAUCAGAUUUCUGUACUUGAGGAACUGGGUUCAAUUAGCAUUUAUUCAGAUUUAGAAGUGGUUUAACAUACACUUCUGAUAUUGUCAAGGUUUUAAAGUUGAAUUCAGGAGGGGCAUUUUUAAAAAAAAAUUGUGACAUUUGGGGCAAGUUGAUGUGAUGUAAAUAAUUUUGGAAUUCAGUCGUGUUGGUUGUCAUAAGAUUGUUGAAUUGAUUAAAAAAUAAACUGCUGUUUCCUUGGGGCACUGAUUUUUCUAACCAUUUGGAAAAAAGUCCCAAAACUAAAGAAGAAAUGCUUGUAACAAAAAAGUUAUAUACAAAAAUAUUCAAAAAUCAGAGAAAACAGCGUGUUAUCUAUUUCAUUUGUAAAUUUAUAAAUGUAGAAAAAACAAAAACCAUUGGACUUGAACUGUGUACCAUGAAUUCAUGUGUAGCUGGUAUUAAAAAGUCUGCUUGUUCAUUGAUAUUGUAAGAUAAAAACAAAACAAAUUCAGAGUUCUCUGGAAGAUGAGUAUAUCUGUUGGGUUUUUAUUAUUGAAUGUUGCAUCAAAUUUCUGAAAGUUGCCUGCAGAUGAAAAAACCCUGUACGUGUAUGUAAAACCUCAUGUAGCUCUGUAAUAUUCGACGAAAAAAAAGGUCGCUUUUGUAGAGUAGAUGUAGUCAAUUUUCGUAAUUGUAUUGAGAGUUCCUUUUACCCAGUUUCUAUUGAGUUGUGUUUUUGUGCCAGUGGUUUCGAGAUGUCCUAGAAGGAUCUUUCAUAAAUUUUGGCAGGAUGCCUUGCUUUUUCAAACCGGUAUAAAGCAGCAUGGGCCUUCCCUUUUAGAGUGAACAUGGCAGUUUUUCUUUAUAAUCAAAGGGAAAACGACAUGGACGUGGUCUCGCAGUUUAAGUUAGGUUGCAAAAACUGAACUCGGCCCAGCUCCCUCUGUACAUGUACCUAUUGUUAACACCUGUUUUCAAUCAAUUAUCCUGUUGAAAUGUACAGUGCAUUUUGCAAUUUUCCAAGUAUUGCUGGCAUGUAUUUCAACCAAGACCACUGCUCCAAGUAUUGCCCGUUUGGUUUUUAUAUUCGACCAGAGAGGAUGCUGUUAAAUUCUCGCUGAUGACAUCAACUUCAACUUGUUCGUAAGUCAGUCUGGUAGAUUGCCCAUUUACAGUGUAGUGCUGCAAGUUUUGUGUUCAGAAAUGGAUGCCUUUUUAAUAUUUGAGGAUCCAAAGAUGUUAAAUAAAAGUCUAUGACUAAUA